CAGGGCGGGGGCGGGGAAGGGCCGCCCCGUCGGCGUCCGCCCCUCGGCGGUACUUAACGCGCCGCGGGCGCCGGGCUCCAUCCCUCCUGCGCCCGCCGCCGCCGCCAUGUGCCGCUCCCGCUGCUCCCUGCCCGCCCUGGCCGCCCUGCGCGCCCCGACCCCGGCGCCCUCCGCCAGCCCGCGGCCCCGGCGCGGCUCGGGGCCCGAAGUCUUCACCUUCGACCCGCUCCCGGAGCCGCCCGCGGCCCCCGCCCCGCGCCCCCGCGCCGCCCGCGGGCACAGGAAGCGCAGCCGCAGGGUCCUCUACCCGCCGGCGGUCCGCCGCCCGCCGCCCGCCGAGGACCCCGGCCCCGCCCGGAGGCUGCUGCUGCUGCUGCUGGCCGUGGUCUUCUGCCAGAUCCUGGCGGCCGAAGACGGGGUGCCGGCGCCCCAGGCCGCGGAGGACGCCCCCGGCGCCGCGCCCCCCGCGCCCCCGGCCCUCGAGCCCCGCAACCGGACGGCCGAGCCCCCGGACUACGCUCUGGACCUCAGCGCUUGGCUCCAGCGCCCCCCGGCCUCCCUCUGACCGCGGCCCCCCACCCUCCCCCCACACACCCCUCCGGCCGGCGGAGGGCGGUUAGCCGGGCUCACGGCCCUUAUUUAUAUUUAUGUAUUUAUGUCCCCGGAGACAGGGCUCGGUAUUUAUUUAACUUAUUCUGCGCGAGGCUGCCGCCGCGGCGCGGCCCUGUGAGCGGCGGGCGGCGGGCGGUAUGUUCUGUGAACACAAUAAACGGCUUUUCCUGUG